AUGACGGGCGGUUUCCCAGCUGUCUGCUUUCCACUUCCAUGUUGCCAGCUGAGUGUCAAGGAACCGUCAACACUUAGCGCAGCUGGCCCGAAUGAGGGCACGUCACCUCGUCAGCAGGGGCAGCAGCCCAGGGGCACCUCCACUGCAGAUGGGAGGCAGGUGCAGCGCGUCGAGCCUCCUUGGAUUCGCCAGGAAAGGCUUCAGCACUCAGGAUUGCGCUUCUCCCUCGGCUUCCUCAGCAACAAAAACACACGUCGCCUUCAUUUCCACCUCAGUACAGACUGUACAGUACCAAUUUCAGAUGGAAAGGUGUAUUCCUGCUAG